UCCGUCCCGACGAUGUUCUCAGAAGCCGGAAUGACAGUCUGUAACGAUUCUUCUGGUUUUCUCGACAUCGUUCAAGUCGGUGAUCACGAUUGAGGAUUGGCUUAUCAAUCGAUCAAAACGCAGCAUACAUUCUCCUGAUACUCAACCACUUAAAGAUCCUUCGCCGGGCAUUCGAUAGCGAGACAAGUCAGAUGACUCGGUAUCCUCAAGUAGGAGUACAACGGUCAGCGAACACAUGAAUCUCCUAUAAGACCUUCCGACCACCAAGUUUCAAAAAGGCAACACAAGUUCGACUCCGAUCGCAUACACUUCUCGCUGUCAACACACAACGCCCGAAGAUGAAACUCUUGACCAUUGUCGCGCUGACUCUUGUGACUAGCGGAAUCUUCAUCGUCAACUGCGCUCUCAUGUGCGACAUCUGCAAAACCCCCACUCUCAUCAAAGACUCAAAGAAUGUCGUCUGCUCUCGCCUUGCCAAGAAAUAUUACAAAUGUAGCAAUGAAGGGUGCAUAAUGGGAAUGUACGUCAAUGUCCGAGGUCCGGCCCCCAUUUGCAGAGCGCCCAUGAAAGGGUGUGUCCAUUGUCAGGGGGCUAACAAGCACAAGCUCCAGUGACAUACAAGCAGACCGGCUGUAGAGAAAUUCAGGCAAGCAAAGAAACUCUUGUGCAGUCUAGAGUAGUUGUAGCAAAAAUUGUACAGUGCAUGAAUUCAUGGAAUCACAAGACACUUCUCUUC